AUGGCGGCCGACCCGCAGAGCCAGUCGCUGGCGGACGGCACGGCGGUGGCGGCGGCGCGGCUGCCGGCGUCGUUGGACAUGCCGGAGUUCAACACCGUCGACUUCAUCAACCACCUCUUCCCCAACGAGUCGUCGUUGGCGGCGGUGGAUCCGCUCAUCCAGAAGCUCAGGAACCGCAUCCGCCGCGUCGACGCCGAGAUCCUCCUCGCCAUCCGCCAGCAGAGCACGUCAGGGUCGCAAGCCAAGGACGACCUGGCAGCCUCCAUGCGCGCCAUUGAGGAGCUGUGGGUGAAGAUGAGGGCGAUAAAGGCGAAGGCGGAGCAGAGCGAGGUGAUGGUGCAGGAGAUAUGCCGCGACAUCAAGAAGCUCGACUGCGCCAAGAAGCACAUCACCGCCACCAUCACCGCCCUCAACCGCCUCGCCAUGCUCGUGUUUGCGGUGGAUCGCCUGCAGGCGCUGGCAGCCAACCGGCAGUACCGCGACGCCGCCGACCAGCUGCAGGCGGUGACGCAGCUACUGGCGCACUUUGAGGCGUACAGGGACAUCCCCAAGAUAGCGGAGCUGCAGGGGCGAGUGGCGGCGCUCAACGCCACGCUCAAGUCCCACAUCUUCUCCGACUUCUCCACGCUGGGCACGCCAGUGAUGAGGGAGAACGGGCAGGUGAUGCAGCAGCUGGCGGACGCGUGUCUCGUGGUGGCGGCGCUGGACGCCCACGGCCACGCGCGGGACGAGCUGGUGCGCACGGUGUGCAGCAAGGAGCUCACCGCGUACCAGCAGAUCUUCCAGGGCACGGAUGUGGCGCGGUUGGACAAGGUGGAGAGGCGGUACGUGUGGGUGAAGCGGCAGCUGAAGCUGAACGAGGACGUGUGGCGCAUCUUCCCACCCGCCUGGCACGUGCAGCGCCUGCUCUGCUCGCAGUUCUGCCACAUCACCCGGGCGCAGUUGAAGGAGCAGCUGGACGGAUCCAAGGACAGACCAGAUGUCACCACGCUCUUGCAGGCGUUGGAGCGCACGUUGGAGUUUGAGGACGACCUGGCCAAGCGCUUCCCCCCCGCGCCUGCCGCGGCCGCUGCCUCGCCCUCCUCCACCCCUGCCGCUGCCCCCGCUGCUGCUGGCGCCGCUGAUGUGGAGUUUGAGUUCCAGGGCGCCAUCUCAUCGUGCUUUGAGCCGCACCUGGGGGUGUAUGUGGACCUCGAGGAGCGGACUCUGGCGGACACACUUGACAAGCUCGUGCAGGAGGAGACAUGGGAGGCGGAGGAGGGCAGCCAAACCAACAUCCUGCGCAGUAGCUCAGAGAUGUUUUUGGCGAUCCGCAAGAGCUUCAACCGCUGCUGCCAGCUCACCAGGAAGCAAACGCUGCUCAGCCUCUUCCAGGUGUUCAAGCGUGUGCUGCGGCAGUACGCCGCUCGCCUCAGCGCCCGCCUGCCCCGUGCUGUCCAGCCCACGGGGGGUGGCGAGUGGCAAGUCAAGAUGACGGAGAAGGAUGAGCGAGUGGUGUGCUAUAUCAUCAACACCGCCGAGUAUUGCCACGAGACUGCGGCACAGCUGGCAGAGAGUGUGGCGAACCGCAUUGAUGCGGCGCUCGUGGGGUCCGUUGACAUCAGCGAUGAGCAGGAGGAGUUUUCGGUUGCCAUCACGCGUGCGCUGGCAGUGCUGGUGGCGGGGCUGGAGGGGCGGCUGGAGGGCGAGCUGGACCGCAUGGCCCGCAUGCCCUGGAGCACCCUCGAGUCCGUGGGCGACCAAUCCGAGUUUGUGAACAACCUGAGCGCCAUCUUCUCCAACUCCAUCCCCAUGCUCGCAGGGCUGCUCUCCCCGCUGCACUUCCACUUCUUCCUCGAUAAGGUGCUCUCCCCGCUGCACUUCCACUUCUUCCUCGAUAAGGUGCUCUCCCCGCUGCACUUCCACUUCUUCCUCCAUAAGGUGCUCUCCCCGCUGCACUUCCACUUCUUCCUCCAUAAGGUGCUCUCCCCGCUGCACUUCCACUUCUUCCUCGAUAAGGUGCUCUCCCCGCUGCACUUCCACUUCUUCCUCCAUAAGGUGCUCUCCCCGCUGCACUUCCACUUCUUCCUCGAUAAGGUGCUCUCCCCGCUGCACUUCCACUUCUUCCUCGAUAAGGUGCUCUCCCCGCUGCACUUCCACUUCUUCCUCCAUAAGGUGCUCUCCCCGCUGCACUUCCACUUCUUCCUCGAUAAGGUGCUCUCCCCGCUGCACUUCCACUUCUUCCUCGAUAAGGUGCUCUCCCCGCUGCACUUCCACUUCUUCCUCCAUACGGUGCUCUCCCCGCUGCACUUCCACUUCUUCCUCGAUAAGGUGCUCUCCCCGCUGCACUUCCACGUCUUCCUCCAUAAGGUGCUCUCCCCGCUGCACUUCCACUUCUUCCUCGAUAAGGUGCUCUCCCCGCUGCACUUCCACUUCUUCCUCGAUAAGGUGCUCUCCCCGCUGCACUUCCACUUCUUCCUCGAUAAGGUGCUCUCCCCGCUGCACUUCCACUUCUUCCUCGAUAAGGUGCUCUCCCCGCUGCACUUCCACUUCUUCCUCCAUAAGGUGCUCUCCCCGCUGCACUUCCACUUCUUCCUCCAUAAGGUGCUCUCCCCGCUGCACUUCCACUUCUUCCUCGAUAAGGUGCUCUCCCCGCUGCACUUCCACUUCUUCCUCCAUAAGGUGCUCUCCCCGCUGCACUUCCACUUCUUCCUCGAUAAGGUGCUCUCCCCGCUGCACUUCCACUUCUUCCUCGAUAAGGUGCUCUCCCCGCUGCACUUCCACUUCUUCCUCCAUAAGGUGCUCUCCCCGCUGCACCUCCACUUCUUCCUCCAUAAGGUGCUCUCCCCGCUGCACUUCCACUUCUUCCUCGAUAAGGUGCUCUCCCCGCUGCACUUCCACUUCUUCCUCCAUAAGGUGCUCUCCCCGCUGCACUUCCACUUCUUCCUCGAUAAGGUGCUCUCCCCGCUGCACUUCCACUUCUUCCUCGAUAAGGUGCUCUCCCCGCUGCACUUCCACUUCUUCCUCGAUAAGGUGCUCUCCCCGCUGCACUUUCACUUCUUCCUCCAUAUGGUGCUCUCCCCGCUGCACUUCCACUUCUUCCUCGAUAAGGUGCUCUCCCCGCUGCACUUCCACUUCUUCCUCCAUAAGGUGCUCUCCCCGCUGCACUUCCACUUCUUCCUCCAUAAGGUGCUCUCCCCGCUGCACUUCCACUUCUUCCUCCAUAAGGUGCUCUCCCCGCUGCACUUCCACUUCUUCCUCGAUAAGGUGCUCUCCCCGCUGCACUUCCACUUCUUCCUCGAUAAGGUGCUCUCUCCGCUGCACUUCCACUUCUUCCUCCAUAAGGUGCUCUCCCCGCUGCACUUCCACUUCUUCCUCGAUAAGGUGCUCUCCCCGCUGCACUUCCACUUCUUCCUCGAUAAGGUGCUCUCCCCGCUGCACUUCCACUUCUUCCUCGAUAAGGUGCUCUCCCCGCUGCACUUCCACUUCUUCCUCGAUAAGGUGCUCUCCCCGCUGCACUUCCACUUCUUCCUCGAUAAGGUGCUCUCCCCGCUGCACUUCCACUUCUUCCUCGAUAAGGUGCUCUCCCCGCUGCACUUCCACUUCUUCCUCCAUAAGGUGCUCUCCCCGCUGCACCUCCACUUCUUCCUCCAUAAGGUGCUCUCCCCGCUGCACUUCCACUUCUUCCUCGAUAAGGUGCUCUCCCCGCUGCACUUCCACUUCUUCCUCGAUAAGGUGCUCUCCCCGCUGCACUUCCACUUCUUCCUCGAUAAGGUGCUCUCCCCGCUGCACUUCCACUUCUUCCUCGAUAAGGUGCUCUCCCCGCUGCACUUCCACUUCUUCCUCCAUAAGGUGCUCUCCCCGCUGCACUUCCACUUCUUCCUCGAUAAGGUGCUCUCCCCGCUGCACUUCCACUUCUUCCUCGAUAAGGUGCUCUCCCCGCUGCACUUCCACUUCUUCCUCGAUAAGGUGCUCUCCCCGCUGCACUUCCACUUCUUCCUCGAUAAGGUGCUCUCCCCGCUGCACUUUCACUUCUUCCUCCAUAUGGUGCUCUCCCCGCUGCACUUCCACUUCUUCCUCGAUAAGGUGCUCUCCCCGCUGCACUUCCACUUCUUCCUCCAUAAGGUGCUCUCCCCGCUGCACUUCCACUUCUUCCUCCAUAAGGUGCUCUCCCCGCUGCACUUCCACUUCUUCCUCCAUAAGGUGCUCUCCCCGCUGCACUUCCACUUCUUCCUCGAUAAGGUGCUCUCCCCGCUGCACUUCCACUUCUUCCUCGAUAAGGUGCUCUCCCCGCUGCACUUCCACUUCUUCCUCGAUAAGGUGCUCUCUCCGCUGCACUUCCACUUCUUCCUCCAUAAGGUGCUCUCCCCGCUGCACUUCCACUUCUUCCUCGAUAAGGUGCUCUCCCCGCUGCACUUCCACUUCUUCCUCGAUAAGGUGCUCUCCCCGCUGCACUUCCACUUCUUCCUCGAUAAGGUGCUCUCCCCGCUGCACUUCCACUUCUUCCUCGAUAAGGUGCUCUCCCCGCUGCACUUCCACUUCUUCCUCCAUAAGGUGCUCUCCCCGCUGCACUUCCACUUCUUCCUCCAUAAGGUGCUCUCCCCGCUGCACUUCCACUUCUUCCUCGAUAAGGUGCUCUCCCCGCUGCACUUCCACUUCUUCCUCGAUAAGGUGCUCUCUCCGCUGCACUUCCACUUCUUCCUCCAUAAGGUGCUCUCCCCGCUGCACUUCCACUUCUUCCUCGAUAAGGUGCUCUCCCCGCUGCACUUCCACUUCUUCCUCGAUAAGGUGCUCUCCCCGCUGCACUUCCACUUCUUCCUCGAUAAGGUGCUCUCUCCGCUGCACUUCCACUUCUUCCUCCAUAAGGUGCUCUCCCCGCUGCACUUCCACUUCUUCCUCGAUAAGGUGCUCUCCCCGCUGCACUUCCACUUCUUCCUCGAUAAGGUGCUCUCCCCGCUGCACUUCCACUUCUUCCUCGAUAAGGUGCUCUCCCCGCUGCACUUCCACUUCUUCCUCCAUAAGGUGCUCUCCCCGCUGCACCUCCACUUCUUCCUCCAUAAGGUGCUCUCCCCGCUGCACUUCCACUUCUUCCUCGAUAAGGUGCUCUCCCCGCUGCACUUCCACUUCUUCCUCGAUAAGGUGCUCUCCCCGCUGCACUUCCACUUCUUCCUCGAUAAGGUGCUCUCCCCGCUGCACUUCCACUUCUUCCUCGAUAAGGUGCUCUCCCCGCUGCACUUCCACUUCUUCCUCCAUAAGGUGCGCCCCUCCACCUCCAUAAGGUGCGCCCCACCCCACCGCCUCC